GGAUGUGAUUGGCCAAAGGGGCUGGCCAGAAUUCAAGGCAGCCUCUUUAUAUAUUACUGAAGAGAGGCAGGCAGCUUCAGACACAGAGCCACAGCCUUUCCCCCCACGCUGUCUGCUUGGCACCGAGGACAGGACAUCGUCACCAACCAACCGGCAAAAUGUGCAAAGGAUUAGCUGCUUUGCCCCACACAUGCCUGGAGAGGGCCAAGGAGAUCAAGAGCAAGUUGGGCACACUCCUCCAGAAGCCCGAAUCUGCUAUUGACCUGAUCAUCCCUUACCCGGAGAAACCGGAGAAGCCAGCAAAGGCUCAGAAACCUUCUCCUGAGGAAGCUUGGCAGUGGCGUAACUCUCUGGAGAAACUUCUUCAAAAUCCUUAUGGACUUGCCAGCUUCCGGAACUUUCUCCAGUCUGAGUUCAGUGAGGAGAACAUUGAGUUCUGGAUCGCUUGUGAAGAUUAUAAGAAAAUCAAAUCACCAGCCAAAAUGGCUGAGAAAGCCAAGAAUAUCUAUGAAGAGUUUAUCCAAAGUGAGGCUCCCAAAGAGGUGAACAUUGACCACUUCACCAAAUCCGUGACUAAGAAGAACUUGGUGGAGCCCUCUGGGAGUACCUUUGACCUGGCCCAGAAGAGAAUCUUCACACUGAUGGAGAAGGAUUCCCUGCCCAGAUACGUGCGCUCGGAUAUAUAUCAAGAGUUAAUCAAGUAGCAAUGCUGCAAAGCUGUGCAAGGCACUGGCACACCCACCUCUAAGCAGGGCCCUUGCUUCCUCCAAAUAACCGGUUUUGUUUCUGUUUUUUUAUCUUGGUAGUUGCUCUUGCUUUAUAUAUGUAUUGUAGCUGAUAAAAGCUCAAAGGGCUGUGUUGUUAAAAGUCCUGCCUUCACUGUUUUGGAGCAUUUCCCACUCCAGAUGAUUCCCUUUUAAUGUUCUCUCUCCAUUCCUGCUCUCCCCAUCAAUUAGCACAGGCCUGUAUGAGAGAUGCCAGCCUCCAGGUGAGAUCUGGGGAUCCCUCAGAAUUACAGCUCAUUUCCAGUCAGCAGAGAGCAAAUGGAUUCUUUGGAAGAUGGACUGUAUGCCAUUUUAUCCCACUGAGUUCGCUGUCCUCCCUAGCCUGCAUCUCAAAUCUCCAGCAGUUUUCCAAUCUGAAUCUGGCAACUCUAUCCCCGCUGCUGGCUGAAGGGACCUAGCAAGCCUAAUACAACUAGUUCCAAAUACAGCUGCUGGGCCAGGAAGCUCUACGGGGGCUGCUCAACUCAGACAUGGCCAACACUGCUGGCAAAUGUUAUUUAUGCUGUUGCCACUGGUCCUACCUGAGCCCAGGCACAACCCUGCAGGGCUUUUUUGAUAGGAAAAGCCCAGCAGGAACUCAUUUGCAUAUUAGGCCACACUCCUGACAUCACUAUUGUUCCACAAAAGCCUAGCAGGAACUCAUUUGCAUAUUAGGUUACUCCCCUUGACACCAAGCCAGCUGAAACUGCGUUCCUGUGUGUUCCUGCUAAAAAAAAAAGCUCUGGUUUUUAGUAUGGCUGGGGUUCAGCUUCCUCCUGGCCAUCUGCAGGCCAGUGGCCCACCAAGAACUUUCGAAGCAAGUUGGAGAGUCCCUUUACCCCAGUCGUGUGCUCGAGAAAUGCCUUGUGUUGAUAGUUCCAAGCAGGAAGAGAGGUUUGCCAUCUCUGGCUUGUGAAAAUCCUGAAGAUUUGGGGGCAGUGCCUGGUGGUGCAGAGACUGGGGAAGGGAGAAAGCUCAAUACAGUUGUGAUGCCACAGAACCCAUCCUUAGAAGCCGCCAUUUCCUCCAGGGGACUGAUCUUUGUGGCCUGGAGAUCAGUUGUAAUUCCAUGAGAACUUGGAGUUGUCAACUCCAGCCAGGUUUGGAAACAUCUGAAGAUUUGAGGGUGGAGCCUGGGAGAAUGGGAUUUAGAGAGGGGAGGGUCAUUGGUAGUAUAGAUUGCCAUGCAGUCCAUUUUCCAAAGCACUCAUUUUCUCCAGGAGAAGUGGAAUAAAUAUUUUAAAUAAAUAAGCGUUCGAUGGAGUGUGGAGGUCAAUUGCAAUUCUAAGAGAUCUCCAGCUUCCACCUAAAGGUUGGCAGCCCUAUGAGAACUCCAGACCCCAUCUGGAGGCUGGCAAGCCUAGCAGGGAGCAAAACCAAGGGGUUUUUUGAGCUCUUCUUGUUGUGUUCGGCUAACAGUGCAAUCCUACACAGAGUUCUGUCCUGAGCCCAUUGAUUUGAAUGGACACAGAAGGGUGCAACUCUGUGUUGGACUGCACUGUUAGUAGGGCCACCAUCAGGCAGACCUGUCAUACUGUCAAGAGGGUGAAGGAAGAGCAUUUCAGCUACUCAGGCAGUGGCUGAUGUUUCUCCAACAUGCAGUGGCAGAGUUAAGGGAAGAGGAUGUGCAAGUGAUACCCUUCUCCAAAUAACAGUUACUAAAACACUCCCGUUUGGUGACAGAGGCUGGGAGAAGAGUAAGUCAAACAUCUGUGCCCAAACAGUGUGACUUGUUUAGCAACCCAGCCACAUUAUCUGCUUUUGUUUCGUGCAUUAGCUGCUGUAUUGAGGUUAUAAUUUCCUUGAAGGCCCUGCAUAGCCUCCAGUGUCUUCACACAGCCUAAUGUCAUGCACCCAGUGUUCUGCUUCUCAGAUCGGAAUCCUUGCAACAAUAUCUUGUUGUAUUCCCUCUCUCUCUCUAUAGCAGUCCUGCCAAACCGAUAUUUUCAGCCCAUAUCUUUCAUCCCAUGACAAAAAUGUUAUUGGAAUACAAGUAACGCCAUCGUCUAGAAAUUUUCCCUCUGUGUGAAACUGAAAUGGAUAAGGAAUAUAUAUAUAAUAAGAGCUGAUGGAAGUUAAUGGAUCUGAAUUCCAAGAGAUUUCAGUGCAAAUGGAACAAUCAUCACAUAGCAUUUCUCUCCCCAGCUUUCUCUGUACAUGCAGGGAUGUACUGUAUUUUGACUGGCACUGAUCAGUUGUUCAGCAAGGGAAACAGACACGAACAAUGCAAUCCUAAACGGAGUAACACCCUUUAAAGCCCAUUGACUUCAUUGGAUUUAGAAUGGGGUAAUUCUGUGUGGGAUUGCACUGUAAAUACAAUCUCCAGUUUGUUGUUCCAAGCAGUCAAAUGGUACAGUCAAAUGGUACCUGAAAGGGGUUAUGUGCACACACCUUUGUCUGGUGGAUUCUGCUUACAGGGAAUUGUACACAUAGCACCUGUUUUGGGUGCAUGUGAUGCAUAUCUGGGCAAGUCUUAUCCCAUUUUCCAUAACAUUCCUCCCAUCCUUGGUUUGUUCCUGUAUCCUGAGUUACUUCAGAUGCAAAGAAGAUUGGGGUAUGAAAUGUACGUCUAACCUUUCUUUCUUUUCCUUUUUUAAUGAAUAUUUUAAAUGUAAAGCUAUUUAUUUUCUGUUUUCCCAAUCUGUAAUAUCUGGGCAAAUUGAUAAGAUAACAAAAUGAACUCAAAAGUGAAAAGCAUUAAACUGGCAAACACCGGUUGCCAAAACCCUUUCAAAUUCAGGAUGAAAAGAAAA